ACCACUUCUCUUUAACUCCCAGUGACGGUACCAGUCCCAGCAUCGACGAUGGCGUCCAUGGAGUCCCUCAUCUUGCAGCUCCACGAGAUUUCUGCUGUGAAAUUCGGCAACUUCAAGCUGAAAUCCGGCAUCUCCUCCCCCAUCUAUAUCGAUCUCCGUCUCAUCGUUUCUUACCCCUCCCUUCUCCGCCAAAUUUCCCAAUCCCUAAUCGCCUCUCUCCCUCCACACACCCAUUACAACCUCGUCUGUGGCGUCCCAUACACUGCCCUCCCCAUCGCCACUUCCAUCUCCCUCGAUCAUUCCAUUCCCAUGCUCAUGCGCCGCAAGGAAGUCAAAGACUAUGGAACUUCCAAGUCCAUCGAGGGCGUUUUCGACAAGGGCCAGACUUGUCUGAUCAUCGAGGACCUUGUCACUUCUGGGGCCUCCGUUCUAGAAACGGCCACGCCUCUGCGCGCCGCUGGGGUCAACGUCACGGAUGCUGUCGUUGUGAUUGAUAGAGAGCAAGGCGGCAGGGAGAAUUUGGAAGAGAAUGGGAUUCAAUUGCACGCGCUUUUUAAGUUGAGUGAAAUGGUGAGUGUUUUGAGGAAAAAGGGUAAGCUAGAGGAGGAGAUGGAGGGCGUAGUAAUGAGAUUCUUGGAGGAGAACAGGAAGGUGGCCGUGCCUAAAGUUGAGAAGGUUAUAAUUAAGGCUUUGGGAUUCCAAGAAAGAGCCAAAAUGACCAAGAAUCCCACGGCUAAGAAGUUGUUUGAAGUCAUGGUGAAGAAGGAGAGUAAUCUGUGUUUGGCUGCUGAUGUUGGUACUGCAGCAGAGUUGCUUGACAUCGCCGAGAAGGUUGGACCUGAAAUCUGUCUAUUGAAAACGCACGUUGAUAUCUUGCCUGAUUUCACUCCAGAUUUUGGUUCUAAACUUCGUUCGAUUGCUGAAAAACACAACUUUUUAAUCUUUGAAGACCGUAAAUUUGCCGACAUUGGUAACACAGUGACAAUGCAGUAUGAAGGAGGUAUCUACCGCAUAUUGGAAUGGGCUGAUAUUAUUAAUGCUCACAUUAUCUCUGGCCCUGGAAUUGUUGAUGGUUUGAAACUGAAGGGUUUGCCUCACGGUAGGGGCCUGUUGCUACUUGCUGAAAUGAGCUCUGCUGGUAACCUUGCCAAGGGAGACUACACAGCUGCUGCGGUUAAAAUUGCUGAAGAUCAUUCAGAUUUUGUAAUUGGAUUCAUCUCAGUUAAUCCAGCAUCAUGGCCUGGGCCACCAGUAAAUCCAGCAUUCAUUCAGGCAACUCCUGGAGUUCAAAUGGUGAAGGGUGGUGAUGCUCUUGGCCAGCAGUAUAACACUCCCUACUCUGUAAUCUAUGAUAGGGGUAGUGACAUCAUAAUUGUGGGACGUGGAAUCAUAAAGGCAGCAAACCCUUUGGAGACAGCAAGAGAAUAUCGUCUUCAAGGAUGGAAGGCGUAUGUGGCUAAAUGCACUUGAGUCUCCAUUUUGGCUUUCUCUACUUAUCCUAUAUUAUGAUCAGACGGAUAUUGUUGAAUUUAUUAGUCUUGCAUGUUUGGGACUUGAUAUCAAAACCAGGUUGACCUGGUAUUGUUUUUAUAUGUAUUAUUGAACGAUUCUAGCAAAACAGAAAGCUAUGUAUGGACGGGGUUUUGCUGAAUCAACCAUGUAUGGAUGUGGUUUGGCUGAAUAAAGUCUGUUAGGGCUCACACUACCCAUUUUUGUCUCAAUUUAUUGCUAGUACUUUCACCCAAUCUGUUCAAGGGAAGCCAGAAGUGUUUUUCAUAUCAAUUAAAAAAAUAUGUAUUAU